AUGGUAUCGAUAUUGGCCGAUAUUAUUGUCUUCCGUGUCCUCAGCCUCCUGGCUGCACUGCUGUUACCAGCCUCCUCGUGCCCCCCAUCCUGUUUCUGCUCCUCAGAAAGCCAGGUGGUGGACUGCGGGGACCGCGGACUCUCCUCCCUCCCUCCCUUGCACCUUCUGCCUCCCGGGAGCCGCUCCUUGAUGCUGACCAACAACAAACUCGCCUCGCUGGGAGCCUCGGCCUUUGCAAACCUCUCCUCCUUGGAGGAGUUGGACCUUUCCAAUAACUACCUGGAUAAUUUACCAGCUGGAUUAUUUAAAGACAUGUCCAACUUAACAAGACUGACCCUACACAACAACUCACUGACAGUCAUGGACAGAGACCUCUUCCAGGGUUUAGGUGGUCUCCAGAGUCUGGACUUGUCAUUGAACGGUCUAUCCACAGUUCCAAUAGGCCUAAUGGACGAGCUGCAGAGCCUCAGGUGGCUCUCACUGGCGGGUAAUAGGCUUCAUGGUUUGGAGAGGGCAGCGUUCAAUCCGCUGGCCAACCUGCAACACCUGGAACUGGGACACAACCCCUGGGAGUGCGACUGCAACCUUCGUGACUUCAAACACUGGAUGGAGUGGCUGCUGUAUCGAGGGGGUAAAGUGGAUGCAGUGGAGUGCACGCUACCAAAGGAUCUGCGUGGGAGAGACAUUCGUGGCGUUCCCGUGGAGAUGUUCAACUACUGCCUCCAGCUUGAGGAUGAGAACAGAGAAGGAGGUGGUGGUGAGGGUGCUCAUUCUGGACAAGGAGGUGGUCCUCCGUGCAGCAGGAGUGCUCUUAACCCAAGUGGGGCAACACCAGUUUCUGACAACGGUGGCAACACUGGUGACGACUCCCCCUCGAGCAUUGGAGGUGGCGAAGCACCUUCGGACUGUGUCCGUGCUCGCUACCGGCCCGUGAGCGUGCGGCGCGCUAUUGGCACAGUGGUGAUUGCUGGUGUGGUGUGCGGCAUUGUUUGCAUCAUGAUGGUUGCUGCCGCCGCUUAUGGCUGCAUCUAUGCUUCUCUAAUGGCCAAAUACCAGAGAGAGCUGAAGAAGAGACAGCCGUUAAUGGGAGAUGGAGAGGCUGAUGGGGAUGACAGGGAGGAUAAACAAAUCUCCUCUGUGGCCUGAAUCAUAAAGAGAGUAUGGGACAGGGAAGUCUAGCAUGUCAAAGUGUGAAAGCAAUGAUAAUAAAAGGGCUCAAAGAGGAGAGAAACUGAAAAGCUUGUUUUCUAUACAUAGUAUCUCUUCCUCUGACUCUCACACUGACACCUCUUUCCCCAUUUUUGGUAUCACUUUUUCAAUCCUCUUUCUAUUUUUAACCUUCUCCUUCUCUGUCCCUCACUCUAACACACUUCCUCCACACAUGCACCUUAUCUGCACCCUGAUUUACUCUUUAAUUUUGGACCCGUUCUAUUUGCAGUAUUUGUUACCGAUCAUCCC